AUGCAAGAAAAUUUAGACUCAAAUUGUUUAUCAAUAGAUAAUCAAGAAAUUAUCACAAGAAGCCCUAGUCCAACGCCAUUGCGCAGUUUGAAUCGUCUUCUAGUAACAGAUAAUGCUUUAUUAAAUAAACCGAUCCAUACUAUUAAACUUUGUGAGAAUUCCAUAUUAUCUUUGGCAUGUAGUAAUAAAUAUUUAUUUAGUGGUUCACAAGGUUCUUGUAUACAGGUAUGGGAUUUAAUCAAUUUUCAACAAGCAGGAGCAUUGAAAGGUCAUACUGGAAGCAUAUUGUGUUUAAGUUUAUCCAGCGAUCAAUCAAUGUUAUUCAGUUCAUCAGGUGAUGGAACAGUUAGAAUUUGGAAUGCAGAUGCUUUAAAAUGUCUUUAUGUGAUACAAUCAAGCCAAGAUGUUGGAGAUAUUUUUUCAGUUGUUUACUCUGAUAAAUUAAAGACCUUGUACAUUGGUUGUCAAAAUACAAGUAUCCAGAGAUUUGAUCUUUCAAUUAGAGAAACUUUCCAAACACCACAUCUUCCAAAUAUUCAUAAUUAUUCAAAAUUCUUUGAUUCACUCCUGAAUACUAGUAGUAGUAAUAACGGCAACUGUAAUGGCAAUAUUGAAGAUGUGCAAAUCAACUUUAUGGAGGAUGAAAAACAAGGGGUAAAGAGAUAUGAGAUUUGUGAUGAUAUGAUUUAUCUUAAUAGUCAUAAUGGAUAUGUUUAUGCUUUAGCAUUAGGUGCAAAUCAAGGUGGUGACAUAUUAAUAAGUGGUUCUGGUGAUGGAGAUAUUAAAAUUUGGUCAAUUAAAAAAAGUUCAAUGAACUUAUUAAGAGUGUUGGGAAGCACUGAUGCUAGUAUUUUAACAUUAGCAUUGCAAGAUGAAUUAUUGAUAUGUGGUACACAAGGCGGAGAUAUCAAAAUUUAUGAUUUAGAAACUUAUCAGCAUAUUAGAUCAUUAAUGGCUCAUAAUAGAUGGAAUAAAACAUUCAACAUCCUAGACACUUAUAAUGAUCAUAAUGCAACAAUACUUUCACUUACAAUGUCACCACUACCUUCUGCUAACACUACCACUAAUACAAAAUUAUGGCUGAUAUCUGGUACUAAUGACAAAUUGAUAAAGUUCUGGGACUUGUCAUCUACAAUAACACUUGAGCCCCAUGACUUAUCAGAGUUUCCUAGUUCAGACUUAAUGAUUUAUGCGUUGUCAAAAUGGAUAUCAUUACAAACCAUCAGUGGAAAUUCUAAAUAUUCAGAAGAAUGUUUACGUGGAGCAAAAUACUUAAAGAGUAUAAUGGAACAAUUGGGAGCAAAUUCUUCUAUAAUCCCAGGAGGACCUGGACAGAAUCCUUUGGUUUUUGGCAGAUUUCUUGGAAAUGAAAAUAAAUCUAAUAAAUUAAAUAUUUUGGUAUAUGGUCAUUAUGAUGUCAUUGCUGCUGAUGAAACUGAAUGGUCUUCAAGUCCAUUUAAAAUGUCUGGUAAAGAUGGUUAUCUUUAUGGAAGAGGUGUGACUGAUAAUAAAGGACCAAUGCUUUCUGCAAUAUUUGCUGCAAGUGAAUUGCUACAAGAAAAAAGGCUUGAAGCAAAUGUAUCCUUUUUGAUAGAAGGCGAAGAGGAGAAUGGAAGUAAAGGAUUUUAUGAAGCUGUUGAACAAUCCAAGGACCUAAUUGGUGAAGCUGAUAUUAUAAUAGUUAGUAACUCUUAUUGGUUAGAUGAUGAAACACCUUGUCUAACUUAUGGAUUACGUGGAAUUGGUGGAGCAGUAUCUGAGCCAUUAAAAGAUAUGAUUAAAAUACUCUCGAAACUUGUACCAAAUGAUAAUAAGGUUAUGAUACCAGAAUUUUAUGAUAAAGUUAGAGAAGUGACAACAAGUGAAAAAAAAAUAUAUGAAUCAAUUAUUAAAUCAAUCAAUAGGAGUAAACUACUAUUCAGUAAUGAAAACAAAAAUUUGAGAGAUUCGUUGAUGUUGAGAUGGAGAUAUCCAUCGCUAACCAUACAUAAGAUAGAUGUAAGUGGACCGAUUGAUAAUACAACAGUCAUAUCACAUAAAGCAGAAGCUAUACUAAGUAUGAGGAUUGUACCAGAUCAAAAUAUAAAUGACAUAAUUAAAAAUUUUCAAAUAUAUGUAAAUGAAAAUUUUGAAGAGUUGAGAACUGAUAAUUGUUUAAAGAUUACUAUAAAUAAUAUGGCAGAUUGGUGGUUAGGUGAUCCUGAAAAUAAGUAUUUUAAAGCAGCUGAAGAAGCAAUUGAACAAGAAUGGGGCAUAAAACCAUUAUAUAUAAGAGAAGGCGGAUCAAUUCCAGCAGUAAGCUGGUUAGAAAAAAGAUUCAAUGCAAUAACUAUAAAUUUACCAAUCGGUCAGUCAUCAGAUCAGGCGCAUUUAAAGAAUGAAAGAAUUAGAUUACAAAAUUUGUAUGCUGGAAAAAGAAUCUUUAAAAAUUUAUUUAACAACUUUAAUUAUAUAUAA